AUGGAGGCCACAGCACUCUGCACCAGACUAUUGGUGAAUGUGUUGUGGCUCCAACAAGCCGCUGGUUCUGUGAUCCUGGAGAGUCCAGUGGUUCCUGUGAUUGAAGGAGACACUGUGAUUCUGCGCUGCAGAAACAACAUGGCUUCAUUCAGCCUCACAGCUCAUUUCUAUAAGGACGGCGUCCUCAUCAGGAGCAGUGACACUGGAACUCUGCUCAUCCACAAUGUUUCCAAGUCUGAUGAGGGACUCUACAAGUGUAACACACCUGGAGCUCAAGACUCACCAGAGAGCCAGCUGGCUGUCAGAGCUGGAGCUGUGAUCCUUGAUAUUCCCAUCCACCCUGUGACUGAGGGAACUGCUGUGACUCUCCGCUGUAGAAAGAAGAACAAUCCCACAAGUAACAUAGCUGAUUUCUACAAGCAAGGCGUCCUCAUCGGGACGGGCUAUAAAGGAGAUGUGACCAUCCCCAAUGUCUCCAAGUUUGAUGAAGGACCCUACAAGUGCAUUAUUUCUGGAGCUGGUGAAUCGGCUGAGAGCUUGCUGACUGUCAGAGUGAGUGCUGUGAUCCUGGAGAGUCCCGUCCUUCCUGUGAUGGAAGGAGACACUGUAACUCUACACUGCAUGAACAAGAUGACAACCAGCAUCACUGCUGAUUUCUAUAAAGAUGGACUCUUUAUUGGAAACAGCUUAAAUGGGAACCUGACCAUCCACAGUGUCUCCAAGUCUGAUGAGGGGCAUUACAAGUGCAACAUAUUUGGAGCUGGAGAAUCACCAGAGAGCUGGCUGGCUGUCAGAGAGAAUAUUCCCUUUUGUUCUGACCAACUUCCUGUUCUCCUCUACCUCCUCAUAAGGACUGUUGCCACCAUUGUUCUGGUGGCUCUGCUGCUAUUGGUGUUGAGAAAAUGUCACUCUCAUCAAGAUGACUGAGAUGACCUCCAACUAAAACUGAUCAUACACAUGUAACAUGUUGUUUCCUUGUACAGUCAAUUACAACUUUUUGUGUUACAUUAUAAAUUGUGUUUGUUUGACAUGAUAUUUUCAGUUGUUUGCAUGUUUUCUGCCUUUGUUACGGCCCCAAACUGAACACAACCAAAGACUCGAACAAAAAGAGGCCAGUAACAUAUAAAGGAC